GUAUAAAGGGGAUUAGGUGUCUGUAUAUAGAAGCUCCCCAAAUAAUGAAACGCAGGGGCAAAACACUGUUCAUCCAUGUCCAAAAUUAUUAAUCAAUGUUUAUUUCUCUCCAUGAGUGCAUGCAAGGGUUUACAGAGGUUUUGAAGAAGAAGAAGAAGAGAUAAUGGAGGAAGCAUCAGAGCAUAACAAAAAGCAGAGCGUGCCUGUACUCCCAUGGAUGAAGCAAUUGAUGUUAGUCUCUUCGAUGAAUGCCCUCUUAAUCUCCUACCUUUUCUUGAUCGCAGGUUGGAGGUGGCUUUGGAGAAUAUGGGUUUUACUUCCCUCUUUCCAGUGCAAGUCGCAGUCUGGCAAGAGACAAUUGGACCUGGUUCCUGUGAGCGAGACCUUUGUAUAAAUUCACCAACUGGAAGUGGGAAGACGCUAGCCUAUGCUUUGCCAAUAGUGCAAAUGCUGUCAACUCGUGCAGUUAGAUGUCUUUGUGCUUUAGUGGUGUUACCCACACGUGAUCUAGCCGUGCUGGUUAUACAUUCACCUUUACGUACCGAUUUCCCAUUUUUGCACAUGUCCUGGUGAUUCUACUUAAAGGGAUAUUGCUGCCAUCAAUCUCUCUCACUCAAACACACACACACAUAUUGGGCAUGCGUGUUUUCUUCAUUAGGUGUUAAUUCUCAUCUCAUAAUCAUGGAACUAUUAGUGUUUUUUACCCCUAAGCUUGACUUAGAUAUAUGAACUCGCAAUUGUGUUGCAGUACCAAAGUUGAUUGAACUAUUCAUGACCUUAAGAAUACGUUUGAGUACUGUUGUAUUUGUUUUGUUUUAGUUGUUUGUUAAAAUUCAUGAGAAAAUACAUUGAUUUUCAUUACAUUUA